CACAUCUAAGCUGUUAUGGCCAUAAGCAUUCCAACAACGCCAAGAAUAUUUCUGGGGCGUCCAAAGAAAACUCAAAUACAAGAAACACGCUAAUGAGAUUUUGGAUUUCGACCCAAAAUUUCAAACCAGGGGAUUCAAUUUCGAAAGAGGAAGAAAGAGAGAAAACUGCAGCUUCAAUUUGGUUCGCCAUCUUCAGAUUCUUGAUGAUUCACUUCUUAUGUUAACCUUGGCAUUCAGCCAGUCUCAUCGAGACAUCGUCUCCAUUUCCGCAUCUCAACCUUUCUUUUCCCUCGAUUCACGGUAUCCUAGCUUGCUAGGUAUGGAGGAUGUGAAGAAUUCUCAAUCAUCUAUUAUAGACGAUGAUGACUCGUUUGCCUUGGCUAUUGAACCUCCAAAAGAUGAAAAUGAGGUUUCAUGUCAAUUAGAAACAAUAGAAGAAGAAUCAUCAUCAUCAAUGCUGGAUGCUUUUCCAAAGGAUGAAAUGCUGCAGUCACUCGAUCUUCCUCUUUCGGUUUCUCAUCUGCAAAUUAAUACCUCAAGAUCUAUUCAAUCUCCGGAUAAACAAGAUGUUACCUCAGGUGUUCCAAAAUUGGAAAGAUGCAAAUCCAUUAUUGAUACAGGAACUCCCAUUGAAUCUGUUAAGGCGGCUGUUACUAAAUUUGGAGGAAUUGUUGAUUGGAAGGCUCAUAGAGCUCAAACUGUUGAGAGACAAAAGCUUAUGGAACAAGAGCUUCUAAAGACACAGGAAGAAAUCCCGAUAUAUAAGCAGCAAUCCAAGGAUGCUGAAGAAGCUAAAAUCAAAGUGGUGAAGGAACUAGAAACUACAAACAGAUUAAUCGAAGAGCUGAAACUGAAUCUCGAUACAGCUAAAAGAGAAGAGCAUCAAGCUAAACAGGAUUCAGAGCUUGCCAAGCUAAGAGUUGAAGAGAUCCAAAAAGGGAUAGCAGGUGAUGUCAGCUUUGCAGCCAAGGCACAGCUCGAAGUUGCCCAAGCUCGACACCAAACUGCUGUUUCAGACCUGGCUGCCGUCAAAUCUGAAAUAGAAGUUCUCCUUAAAGAUUACCAAGCUUUGGAAACCAAUCGAGACUUAGCAGUCAAGAAAGCCGAGGAAGCUGUCUCCACAUCGAAAGAGGUUGAGAGGACGAUAGAAGAACUGACAAUUGAGCUUAUUUCCGCAAAGGAAUCGUUGGAAACUGUUCAGGCAGCCCAUUUGGAAGCCGAGGAGCAAAGAAUCGCUACGGAAGUUGUCAGAGAGCAAGAUAAUCUCAACUGGGAGAAGGAGCUAAAGCAGGUGGAAGAUGAACUAGAAACAUUAAACAAUCGGAUUUCAAAAUCCAAAGACCUGAAAGCAAAACUAAACUCUUCUACAGCUCAACUAGACAACUUAAAAGCCCAAUUGGGAUCUUAUAUGGAAUCAAAACUGAAGCAGAACCAUGAAGGAGGAAAUAAAACACAUGAAAACAUGGACAUGGGAGAGUUGAAGCUCAACACGCAGAGAGUAACUGCCGAAGUAAAUUGCUUGAAGAUGGCGGCAGCAUCGUUAAAUGUCGAGGUCGAGAGAGAAAAAUCAGAACUCGUCUCCGUUAAGAAAAGAGAAGAGGAAGCAUCUAAAGCAGUUGUUUCUCUGGAAGCCGAGCUGAGAAGAAUGAAUACACAAGUUGCUAAUGCUAAUUCCAAAGGGAAAGAAGGAAAAACAGAAAUGGUGGAGCUUCCGAAGCUGUUACAGGAAGCAACUCAGGAAGCCGAACAAGCCAAAUCGCUCGCGCAAUCGGCUCGCGAGGAGUUCCACAGAGCGAAGGAAGAAGCAGAGGAAGCUAAGUUAGCUGCAAGUUCUAUGGAGGCUAAACUUGUAGCAGUUCAGAAAGAGAUAGAAGCUUCAAGGGUUUCUGAGAAGUUGGCUUUUGCAGCCAUUAGAGCUUUAAAAGAGAGUGAAUGGGCUGCUCAGGGUAAGGAUUCAUCAACUGCUGUGAUGAUUUCGUUAGAGGAGUAUUAUCAGCUCAGCAAACAAGCCUACGGUGCUGAGGAAGAAGCUAACAUUAAGAUAACCUCAGCCAUUUCCGAGAUUGAAACAGCCAAGCAAUCCGAAGAGGAAGCUUUAAGGAAACUUGAAGAUGUCAAUCUUGAAUUGUCUAAGCAAAAGGAGAAUCUAUAUUUAACUUUGCACAAGGCCGACGAAGCUAAGGAGGGUAAGCUAGGGGUAGAACAAGAAUUAAGAGAGUGGAGGAAUGAGCAAACAAGAUAUAGAAAAUGCGAUAAAGAACCAGAAGGAAGCCCAAUGAGGCUGAUGACAACUACGAAACAGAAUGCAGGUUUAGUCGGAUCUGGAACUGGUACCGAAACUGAUACUGAUUCAUCCAUUGAAGUGAAAUCCGCCAAGAAAAAGAAGAAAUCUCUCAUCCCACGGCUGUUCACGUUCUUGGCCAAGAAGAAAUCCAGCAAGAAAUGAUGCAGAUAAACCAGGUUCUUCUUACACUUUCUUAAAGUGAAAUUUCAUUUAUUAUUUACCCAAAUACCUUAUAAACGUAUUACAGAGAGAAUAAUAAAACAGAUUUGAGAUUUUAUUUGCUACA